AUUAUUUUAAAACAUACAAAAAGGUUUUUAUAACAAAGUAGGUAUGUGUUGGCAACAGUGUGGCUUUAAUAUAACCUAAAAAUCCCUAAACGUCAAAUAUGUCAAAUUUAUAAAUAUUAUGCUUUUAUUUAACUUAAAGCCAAAAAACUCAGGAUGUCAUUUAAUGCAGACUCUGAUUUGGAAGUCAAAGUUCGGAAAUCCACCGAAAGGAUUUCAGAAAAUAUGCAUAUUGUGGCUAAUGAGCCAUCUCUAGCUUUUUAUAGGCUACAAGAGCAUGUAAGAAAGGCGUUAAAUCCUAUGGUGGAUAGGCGGGUUGAUGUUAAUAAGUUACACACUGAAUUGCAAGGAAGAUGUUACGAUAUUGAAUAUGCUGUGGGCGCUUUAAAAUCCAUGGGGAAAGCUGAAGAAAGCUUUAAAAACAUACAAGAAAACCUUAAAAACGCGAUAUUUUUAAAACAGCAGUUAAAAUAUGAAGAAUCAAGGAGAAAAAAAGCUGAUUCAAGUUCUGUUUAUAAACGACUAUCGGCUCAUAUUACUUUGGAUUUACCGGAAUUGCCGGAACUAUCAGAUGUUGUUAGAGAAACUGCCAAUAGAGUCGAAAGCAUUAUGUCCAAGGCGACACAUUCCUCAAAUAGUUAAUAAGACUGUUAUUUAUUUGUUUUUAUUUAUGUAAGAUUAUAUUAUACGUUGUUAAGGC